AUGAAGUCCCGCAUCCGCUCCAGCCUACGGUUUUCGCUUCACCUCACUGUCAGAUCCGUGUGUCACGUCGGAAUCCACUACCUAGCCGUUGGAUUUCUCCUGUCACCGCCACCGUUUCUUGUGCCAGAUUCUCGGAGUCCUUGGAGUUUCAAGGUCGAAAGCGGAUCGUGCGGUGUUGGAAAAGUUGUUUCGGGUUGGUCAAUCAAACUUUUGGUUGUGGAUUUGACCUUGGACCAAACCACAACUUUGAUAAGGGUAGAGAUGCACCGACGAUGGACAAGCGGAAUUCGUGAUCAAGCCACUGGGGACUAGUUUUUUACGCUUCCGCAUCAUGAGAUUUAAAGUUCCUUUCAUGUUUCUCUUAACUUUUAGUUUUGAUGUUUAAAGCUUACUUUUAAGAAUUGUUUUUCAGAUUUGUUUAUUGUCCUUUGUGAUUUAUGGGUACCCUACUAUUGUUUUAGUAUUUGAAUUUAAUGAAAGUCUUUUGAACUUACCUUAUUUAA